AUGAAUCAAAUCUUGGUCUUCAUCACACUCUUCACUGUGAACAUUGCAAUCGCAAAAAUGGUUGACUUUGAUAGUUCUUACUCGUCAGGAUUCUCACCGAAAUUCGAUAUGAGUUUCGGAAACGAAAAGUGAGUUAGAAUUAUUCAUAGAUCUUCCCGAACUAACCAGAAUAUCUGAAAUGAAACAUAUAAUUUUUAGCAUCCGACAACAACAACCAAUCUUAGGCAAAAGACCACAGCCAAUUCUUCGAAAUUGUUAUUUGUCGCCGAUUCAAUGUCUUUUGCCAGUCGAACAACAUCAAUUCCAGUUUGCAAGUAAAUUCAACAAAAGAGUGAUUCCAAAUUUUUAG